UACUGUGUUUUGCCUAGGGUUCUUCGCCAUUCCACUGGUUAAGGAAGGAAAAAAAAAUUGAGCUCGAGUAAGUGAAAUUCGCUAACUGCAAACUGUAAUCGCCGGAGAGUAAGUGACAAUAUGGCUGUAGUGGAAGAGCCGGAGCAAGAAUUUAAACCUCAGAAGAAAAAACCAGAUUCUGAAGAUGACAAAAGGAGGAAGAAGAUUACGCCUGGUAGCUUGAUGAAAGCUCUGAUAAGGCCCGGAGCUGGUGAAAAUACACCUAGCGACGGCGAUCAGGUUAUAUAUCACUGUACAAUUCGUACACUAGAUGGAGUUGUAGUUGAGUCUACCCGGGCUGAAAUUGGAGGCAAUGGUAAUCCAAAAAGGCAGGUUUUGGGUAAAAGCAAGAUUAUAUUGGGAUUGCUAGAAGGCAUUCCUACGAUGUUGAAUGGUGAAGUGGCGAUGUUCAAGAUGAAACCCGAGUUGCACUAUGGUGAAGAGGAUUGCCCUGUGUCAGUUGCCGAUGGCUUUCCCAAGGAUGAUGAACUUCAUUUUGAGUCUUGGGCAUUCUUCUUUGAUGAUAAAUCUACUUCAUAUUUGUUUGCUUAUAGGAUUUCAGGGAAGUCGGCAGCUGGAAAAUUGAUUUUUUCACAUUCUCAGGGAGAACCAUAUUUCUUUACUUUCGGGAAAUCCGAGAUACCAAAAGGUCUUGAGAUGGGAAUCGGAACAAUGUCAAGGGGAGAAAAGGCAGUAAUUUAUGUUACUAAGGAGUAUUUAACCCAGUGCCCUCUGAUACCUUCAGUUGAAGGUAUUACUGAAAUCCACUUUGAGGUGGAGCUGGUACACUUUGUUCAGGUGCGCGAUGUGCUUGGAGAUGGACGUUUGAUAAAACGUCGUGUGCGUGACGGAAGAGGUGAAUUCCCAAUGGAUUGCCCUCUUCAAGACAGCCUGUUACAUGUCCACUACAAGGGGAUGCUUCUAAAUGAAGAAAAGACUGUUUUCUACGAUACAAGAGCAGACGAUAAUGGUCAGCCGCUGGAAUUCAGAUCAGGGGAAGGCCUUGUGCCAGAAGGGUUUGAAAUGUGCACCCGGCUGAUGUUGCCUGGAGAGAUAGCUCUAGUAACAUGUCCCCCUGAUUAUGCUUAUGACAAGUUUCCGAGACCAGCUAAAGUUCCUGAAGGUGUUUACAUCCAAUGGGAGAUUGAGCUUCUUGACUAUGAGAAGCAAAAGGAUUGGACAGGCUUCAACUUUAGAGAAAUUAUGGAUGAUGUUGAGAAGAUCAAAGGCACGGGUAACAGGCUAUUUAAAGAAGGCAAAUACGAGCUUGCCAAAGCAAAAUAUGAACAUGUGCUUCGGGAAUUUAAUCAUGUUAAUCCUCAGGAUGACGACGAGGGAAAAGAAUUUUCAGAUACAAGAAAUUUGUUACACUUGAACAUGGCUGCGUGCUGGCUGAAAAUGGGUGAAUUCAGGAAGUCAAUUGAAGCUUGCAACAAGGUAUUGGAGGCAAAUCCAGCUCAUGCUAAAGCUCUUUACCGCCGUGGAAUGGCAUACAUGGCCGGUGGAGAUUUUGAGGAAGCUAGAGCAGAUUUCAACAAGAUGAUGACCAGUGAUAAACAAUCAGAGGCACCUGCAAAGGCUGCUCUUCUCAAACUUAAAAAGGAGGAGCAGGAAACCCACAGGCGGGCCCGCCAACAAUUUAAGGGAUUGUUUGACAAGAAACCUGGAGAGAUUGCUGAGGCUGGGGAAGAGGAUUUGGGAGAAGAGCUAUCUGGUGAAAGCCAUGAUACUGGCGGUGAUGGGGUGGUUUUAGAUGAGGAUAAAGAGCAUCUUCUUGAGGGCACUGAUCCACCGCGGUUGGGCAUAUGGUCCAGGCUGUGGCCUAGCGGCAGAAGACUUAUUACAACACUUGGAUUGGACAGAUGUACCAUACUAUGAUGAUAUUGGUACGAGAGACCGACUCUUUUGAAAGCAGUUCUUUCUUUUUCUCCGUUUCGUAUUUUGUAGUAGAAAAAAAAAUCGAUAUGUGAAAUGCUUGUUAUAACACUCGAAAGAGGGAGAAUAAUUUGAUCAAGUUUGAUUAUAUUAUAUAUAAACGGUUUUUUUUU